AUGAAUGAAUUAUUAUCAUCAUCGGGAUCAGGAAUGAUAUCAUUAAAGAGAGAACAAGCCUUUUCAUUAUUGGAUGGGUUGAAUGCUUUAAAGGAUUCAAAUAAUGCAUCAAAUUAUAAUAAUACUUACUUGACUCUACAAUGUGCCACAAAUCCUUUACUGGGACCCGAUAAUCAAUAUCCAAAAGAUGGUGAUCCAAAGAACGGAUUUUUGUGGUUUAUGAAUGGCUGCCAUUUUGAUCCAACAAGCACCUACAUUCCAUCAAACACAAAGCAAGCACUUUAUAGGCUCUCACAAUAUGUAUUGCAAUGGUUUGAUAUGUUCCGUUUUGUGAAUCCAUUUUUAUUUGCAUUGUGCUUUUUACUUCCUUUCCUUCUGAGUGUAUACGAUGAAGAUCAUUACACUGAAGAGUUGGGCAGUAAUUUUGCAUACUACGUCUUGCAAACAUUGGCUCUCUUCUUCAGGCUUGCAAUUGUGCAAUCAUUUAACAUGGUACUUUUGUUAGCCAUUCGUCAACCAUGCCCUUGUUCAUGCCGAUUUGUGGGCUAUGGAAAUUUGCACCAAGGCGGUGACAUUGACUCACAAAGCGUGAAUGGAUUUUUCUCAGUAAUGCAGGAACCAUUUAGUCCUUCGAACGUGACAGCAGGAACCACUUUCAUUCUUGGAAAUAGCCUUGGCUGGUGCAUGCCAAAUGAGGAAGUUCUAAUGGGAAUUGUCUUGAUCAUGCAUGUUUUGGAGAGAUACUCUGUGUUUGUUGGGCUUCCAGCUCUUAUUAUUUUGCCAUGUACUGCAAUUUUAGCCGGCGAAAGUAGCGUUGGACAAAUGUUGACUUCUCUUGCAAUUGGUAUAAUUUAUCAUUUUUAUUCGACAAGGACGCCUUUAGUGCUCCGAAGCAUUGAUUUUGUGAUCACACUCUUUGGCGGAAUCAUUGCAUUGUUUGUGACCAAACAUUUUUAUCCAGAAGUUGAUUUUGCGUACACAACACUCUUUUGGGAAGGACUUAUUUAUCAAAUUUUCUCUGUAUUGAUGCUAUUCUUAUGUUUUUCAAUGGCAUUCCUGAAAAGAAUGAUGUUAAGAUGGUCCUUGUAUCGAUUGUCUCCAAAGGACAUUCAAUAUAUGAACAUGAAAUUGCUGCCAGAUAAUCAGAGCUUUUCAACAUUCGAUAAACAAUUGGAAGAGAUGCAACAAGGAGAUGGUAUUCGCUCCUCUGUUAAUGAUAGAAUUAAGAGAAGAAGAUCCCGAAGGGUUGGAGUUUCUGAGGAAGAAAACCUAUCGCUCAUCCAAGAUUACAAUGGAAAUGUGUUUUCAAGACUUUACCACAAAAAGUACUUGAUGAUUCUUGUUUUAUUCAUAACAUUUAUCAGUUUGUGUGCCCUUCAUGUAUUGAGUGAAUGGAUGAAUGAAGCCCUUUCCUUUGGGCGUGACAAAUUUUAA